GGAGCCAUGGUACUGAAAGUUGACGUAAAGUCGAUUGUUUUAGAGGCAGAUGAACUAAAAAUUAGGAAAGAUAAAGGCAAGCCUGUAAACAUUAAGAUCUGUGAUUUGAUUGGCUGUCAGAGCUGUGAUGAACAAUCCAAUUCCCUGUCCAGUCUCUUUGUAACACCCCCUAACAUUGUCAUCAGGUACAUCGCUAAAGGUCAGAAUUACAAAUGGACAGCAGAGACUGUGGAGGUCAUGGGGUCAAAGGAAGAGUGUGAGGCACUGAAGAAUGAGAUCAACAAAAAACUGGGUCAAGAAAAGGAAAGGCCCAAGAAAUUGGCAGUCUUUAUCAACCCAAUUGGAGGGAGCCAGAAUUCUGUGAGUGUUUACAGCAAGGUUAUCACCCCUUUAUUUAAAGCUGCAAACAUCAGCUGUGAUGUCAUGGUUUCUGAGAGACCAAAGCAUAUGAUUGAUCUGGUGAGUGGUUUUGACACAGCUAGUGUAGAUGGAUUGGUUGUUGUGGGUGGUGAUGGAACACUACUUGAGAUUUUAAAUUGUCUCCUGACUAGAGUCCAAAAAGAGGCUGGGUUGGAUUAUGACCAGCCAACCUGUAAACUGAAACCACUGGAGGUGCCAAUAGGAAUCAUCCCAACAGGAACUGGUAAUGGUGCUGCUUCAGGCCUGUAUGGUAAUAAAGAUGUUGUCACUGCUGUUCUACACAUCAUCAAAGGUCAAACUAAUUAUAAUAAUGCCCAGGCAAUUUAUAGUGGUGGCAAGCUAGUAUCUUUCAGUGGUGGAGUUUGUGUAGCAUAUGGGUUGUUCUCUGACAUUAUUUACCAUACAGACAGGAAUAGGUGGCUGAAAAGGGCAAGAUAUGUUGUUGUUCCUAUAAAUGUGCUACUCUUCAAAAGACAAAGGCAAUUUACUGCAAAAGUUACUCUUUUCCCAAUGGAGCAGAAUACAGACUCCAAAGAUGGAGAUACAGAAGCCGCAGGCAGGGAAGAAGCAGCAGCAACAGAAGGAAUAGAAGCAGAAUUUUCAAGUAAUUUAAUUGGAGUGGCAUCUUUUGGGAUUGAUUUUCUCAGUGCUGCAACUGAUUCAAAGCUGGACUUUGUUAAAGCAGCACAGAGCGGCAGACAAAAAGAUGGUUUCUGUCUGUUUAUCAACAAACACACAAGCCGGACCAAAUUCUUAACUCAUUUCUUCCAGUUAAUGACCUUGUCCAGGUCUGCAUUUGAGAAGGACUUUUUGAGUACUCACUCAGUUCAUGGUUAUAAAGUGAAAGUUCUGAGUCAUGACGAGUCCCCACAGGCAAACUCGGAGGAAGCAGAAAUCAACAAGAUGCUUGAUGUAGAUGGAGAACUGAUAGAAAUUGUUGAUGAAGAAUAUGAAGUUUGGAACCACAUGAGCAUAAUAAAAUUCUAUACAUGUUGGUGAGAAUGGAAAAGAAGGACUUUUAAAGUUUUGUCAUCAAAUGGAGCUGCAGAUCAUCCUCAAAACAGGAGUCAAAUUGUUACUAUAUACAGAGAAAUUUUUGUCCUGUUUUAUUUUCACCCCUUAGCCCUACUCACAGGUGGGUGAAUUUAAAAUGGGUGAAUUCAAAAAACACAGUAUAAUUUCUUAAACAGAAUUGCAACUGGGCGAAUUUAAAAUGGGCAAAAUUGUUUUCGUGAAAGGGUGAAAAUAACAUGGGGCGAAAAUAACCCUUUAUACUGUUAUAGUAUUACUUCAUGUCAUUGUGUGCAAUGUUUCAUAACCAUUUUCAGAAAACUAUUUUAGUCAUUAAUAGAUAAACCAAUAUCAGUCCAUAUACUUAUGCAUGUAUUUUUCUGUGAAGGUAAACACUUCAACCUUAUAUAUGGUGUCAUUUGUAGAUGUUAUUUGUUGUACAUGUAUCUUUAAGCUCACCUUGAUGAAGUCUAUGGAGCUUACCGCUAUAAUUUGGCUUUUUGUGUCAACAUCCCAGGUUCAAGUUUCUGGAACAGAUGUAUUUCAAAGUAACUCUCUGCCCUUUAUUGAUUAGAGCUGCAUGAAUGAGGCAUUAUGUUUUUUAUUACAUGUGCUGUUCUGGUUUCAGAUGCUGCAUGUAUAGCUAGGGAUUUCCAGAAGAAUGACCAAGUUAUCUUUUUGGCGCAGGUUACAAUUUUUGGAGCAGGUCUCAUUCCCAAAUAACUAUAUACCCUAAGGUGAUUAAUCUUGCAUAGAUGAAGUUUUUGGAGCAGGUCCAUUCAGUUUUAAGUAACUCUUAGACUUAUAUGGACAAAACUUGCAUGGAUGACGUAUCUAGAGAUGCACACAACCAGAGAUGGACCUUAGUUUUAAUCACCUGAAUCACUCAGGGACAAAGUGCAUAUGGAGGAUUAACAAGGGUGCUUCUUUCACAGUUGAGAAAUUUGUGACCCUAAGGUCAGGGGUUUUGGGUGGGUGGAUGUUCUUUUAAUUAAACAGUGAAAAUGCAUUAUUUCUUUGAAAAUCUUCUUCUGUGCUCCUGGGUAUUUAGCAAAUAAACUUAAAGCAUGGUUAUGAUCAGCAAGGGUGCUUCUUCCACAUUUGUGAAAAUGUGGCACUAAGGUUGAGGGUUUUGGCUGGAUGGAUGUUAAUUAUAUAGUGAAAAUGCAUUACUUCUUUUGAAAAUCUUCUUUUCUCCUGGGUAUUAAACAAACAAACUAAUUGCAAAGUUAUGAUGAGCAAGGGUGCCUCUUCAAAAAUUGUGAAUUCCAUGGCCAUUGGGCCAGGGGUUCUGGUGAUAGGGCAAGGCUUUAUUAAUUAUGUAGUGAAAAUGCAUUAUGUCUUUGAAAGUCUUCUCCACUCCUUUAUAUUUAGCAGAUAAACUAAGUGUGUGAUUAUGAUUAGCAAGGGUGCCUCUUCUAAAAUUGUGCAUUUCUCGGUCCCUGAUCAGGGGCUCUAUUGAUUAUAUGGUGAAAAUGCAUUUAUUCUUUGAAAAUCUUUUCUGCUUCUGGUUAUUUAGCAGAUAAACUGACUGCAUGAUUAUGAUGAGCAAGGGUGCCUGAUCCAGAAUUGUUAAAUUUGUGUACCUUUGGUCAGGGAUUCUGGUGUUAAUGAUGGACUCACUUAAUUAUAUGUAGUGAAAGUGCAUAAAAUCUUCUCUGCUUAUGGACAUCAAAGAGGAAAAAAAAACAGUACAAAGUCAUAAUGAGCAAGGGUAAUAAGCAGAUUUAUGGCAUUCUGGACCACUUGGUCAUGUGUUCUGGUGGUGGGUAGGGCUCUGUUGAUCUUAAGAAAUUUCUAUUCUCUUUAGAGAAGUUAUUGCCCUUUCUUUUCAUUUAUGAUGAUUGAUAACUGUACUAGAUGAUAAAUAAUGUAAUUGUAAGAUCAGUUUAAUAAAAGAAUUAUACAAGAAUUUUUAUUGUAUCAUACAAAAAGUACUUCAUAGCUUUUAAUGGUCAUAUAGACUUAUAAAUAAUAUCUAAUAGAAAAUGGCUAAAAAAUUCCUUAUCUUUAUACACUAAAUGUUUUUCAAAGACCAAGAGAGAUCAAUGUGAGAGAAAGUGAGAGGGGUUUACUACAAAUGUUUUGUUUGGUCUGCAUGGUGAUGGUGACAAGUGGGGGCAGGUACAUGUACAGGCAAAUAAAAAGGUCUACUUUAUGAUAUGUUACUGAGUACUAGAAUUAAAAUUGUGUUGGGCCCCUGAUCAUCCUAUUUCUGUUGUUUUGGGGCAACAUAUCUUCAUCUAUCAGUUUAUUUUGCUUUAUUGUAUGGAUCCUGAUUAGGGCCUCGCAAGGAUUUGCGGGUGCCCUAUAGUAAUCACUCUGUCUGUCUGUCUGUCUGUCAUUCUUCUGUCCACAAAUUUUCUGUUUUUUUUUCUAAUAACUUUUUUUAGGGUUGACCAAUUAAGUUCAAAUUUGGUAUGUUGGUUGAAUAGGCAGUAAGACAUAUUUUGAUGCUAAGUUUGGUUCUCUAUGUCAUCCGGUUUGGAGCUGGGGUGGUGGGGUAGAUUCCUUAACUUUAUAUAAGAGUGAAUAGGCAAAGAGAGAUAACUGCUGAGAAUGUUCCUAUUGUAAUCUAUGAGAGGUUGCAGUGAGUCUCUUGGGAUUAAUUAACUUUCCUCUUGAAGAAAAUCCAAAGCAUUUAUCUUUAUCUGCCACAUUGAGAUUAAUUAACACCUCUGUCUGCAAAUGAAGUUUGUUUUGAAGUUAAGGUCAAUUCUGAAUGAUGUUUACAUUCUCUGAAAUGUGGAUUUAAAUAAUGUUCAUACUUUAUUUUGGUAAAAUACACAAUGAGUUAUGAUUUUAUUGAAUUCUAAAAACAAGAUAUAGAUAAAGAUAUCGUUUUUAUUAUUAUUUUCUUUUUUUUCUUUUUUUCUGCCAUAUGUAAAUUCAAGAAUACUAAUUAUUUUAACAGGUAUUCAGAUAAUAACCUCAUUCUAUCAUUGCUGAAAAAGUUAGAAGAAAAGGUUGAGAGAGCAGUAUAAUUAAUCCCGUGGGUUUGAUUAUCUUGCUGGUUUGCAGAAUAUUUUAGAGGGUUAUCUUUCUGUCACUUUAAGAUUAAUUAACACCUUUGUCUGCAACUGAUAUUUGUUUUGAAGUUAAGGUCAAGCCUGGGUGAUAUUUGCAUUCACUGAGGGCUGGCAUUUUAGAAAACACAUGCUUCAUUCAUUUUUAAAUAUACAUUUAAUUGAGUUAUUAUAGAUAUGAUGUUUUUUACUGCCUUAUGUAAAUACAAGGAUACUAUUUACAAAUUGUUGGAUAAUUAGCAGUUGCUGUUGCUUAUUCUUUAUAUAUUUUGAAUUUUUUUGGAAUCAAGUAAAAUUCUCAUCCCCUAAUCUGCACCCUUAUAUUUCUAACCCUCGGCGGGGCCCUUGCUGACUGGUCAGAUUUCUAGUUUAAUUACAGUGUUGUAUAAUACUCAGGUGACUGUUAAGGCCCUUGACCUCUUGUUAUACAUGUAAUAUAAAAUACAAAAGUACUUUCAUGAUUUUUAAUGGUGAGGUAGACUUGUAUAUAAUAGAUAAAUAAAAAUUAGAUAAAAAUACUUUUCCUUUGAACAUUAAAUUUUCAUCAAAGACAAAGAGAGGCCAAUGUCAGAGGGAAUAAGAUGGGUUUACUAAUAGUACUGUCAAGUACUAUUGUUUUGUUUGGUCAGAAUGGUGAAAGUGACAAAUGGGGACAAGUGAAUAGAUCCACUUUAAGAUGCACAUUAGUGGACAUUUGUUUGGUUUGAGACUUUGCCCUACUUAACAUUCAUCAAGGUGAGCUUUUAAUCUUUGAUUAUCUGUGUUUUAAUGGAAAUUAGGCCAAGAUCACCCACACUUAAUUCAAGUUUAUAAAGUGUUACUCAAAUUAUUUGCUAUGAUGGUGCUAAUAAAUGAUUAUACAGUUGAACUUUGGUAUCUUGAACACUGAUAUCUCAAAUACCAUGGAUAUGUUGAAGUGAAAUGGAAGUUCCAACCACUUAUUUUUUUAAGUAUUCAACCCUUGAUAUCUUGAAUGCUUGGAUAUCUCAAAGUUUUUUCUCGGUUCCAUCGAGUUCAAGAUAACGAGGCUUGACUGUACAUAAAUUCAUAUUUAUAUAAAUUUUAUUUGGAGAUCUUUGUAUAAAAUAAAAAUAGUUGAUCUU